UAAAUGAUUAAAUUUUCCAGCGAGCGCGAAAACGGUGUGCGCCAAUGCGCGGAUACAAAGAAAACCCACUUCCUUUCGAGGUCAAAACAGUAAAACGGUGCACCACCUGUCGUUUAACCAUCCAUCAUCAAACCAUCAGCUUCACUGUGAGCUUCCACAAAACCCUAACCAGAACAACCAUCCCUGCCAACAAAAGAAUUCAACAACAAUGAAAUUCCGGUAUUCCAACAAACUCCCUAUUUUUGCUCACUCUUUACGUCUGAGCCACCAACACCAUCAGCGACGCCAGUUCUUCACUUCGCUUCUCAAAAGGGUCCAAACAGCAUCUCAAGUACGUGCUUCUUUCAAUGGAAGCAGUGGAAAUCCCCGAGGUAAUAUAUUUCUGGUACCUGGUGCAACCGUGGCCACUUUACUCAUGCUUGGUGCUCUUCAUGCUCGUCGGCUUUAUGAUGAUAAGAAGGUCGAAGAGGCGCGGGAGAAAGGAAUUGAGUUUGAGUUCCAACCUGAUCAUAAAGCGUCAUUUCUGAGGAUGUUACCUUUACGCUCCAUUUCUAGACUUUUCGGUUCCUUGACAAGUGUGGAACUUCCUGUUUGGAUGCGUCCACAUGUUUAUAGAGCAUGGGCUCGUGCAUUCCAUUCAAACUUAGAAGAAGUAGCCCUGCCUCUUGAAAACUAUGCUUCUUUACGGGAAUUCUUUGUUCGGACCUUGAAAGAAGGUUCCAGGCCCAUCGACCCUGACCCACAUUGUCUGGUUAGUCCUGUGGAUGGUACUGUUCUAAGAUUUGGAGAGUUGAAAGGCUCAGGGACUAUGAUUGAGCAAGUCAAAGGUUUUUCUUAUUCUGUUUCUUCUCUUCUUGGUGUUAGCUCCUUGCUUCCCGUGAUAACUGAAGGGGAUAUGCACAAGGAGAGUAGUGAACAGCAAGGAAAUCUCAAAGAGAAGAACAAGAAGUCAUGGUGGAGAUUUUCAUUGGCUUCUCCUAAAAUCAGAGACACUGUGUCAGCAUGUCCAGCAAAAGGCCUCUACUACUGUGUAAUAUACUUGAGUCCUGGAGACUAUCAUCUGAUACACUCACCUGUUGAUUGGAAUGUUCUUGUCCGCCGGCAUUUUUCAGGGCAUCUAUUUCCUGUGAAUGAACGAGCUACAAGAACCAUCAGAAAUCUUUAUGUUCAGAAUGAAAGGGUUGUGCUUGAAGGUUUGUGGGAAGGAGGAUUCAUGGCUAUUGCUGCAGUUGGUGCUACAAAUAUUGGGUCAAUUAAGCUUUUCAUUGAACCAGAACUUCAAACAAACCAGCGAAGGCAAAAGAUACUGAAUUCAGAACCUCCAGAUGAACGAGUAUAUGCACUUGAAGGGGUUGGUAAAAGUCUCAAGAAAGGGGCUGAGGUGGCUGCUUUCAACUUGGGAUCGACAGUGGUGCUCGUGUUCCAGGCUCCCGCAUUAAAAAUGCUACAAAACAGGGAUUCAUCUUCGGAGUUUAGGUUCAGUAUCAGACGUGGAGAUAGAGUGCGUGUUGGGGAAGCUUUGGGGAGGUGGCAUGACUUGUAAGAACAAGCUUGGCGUGUGUGGUACAUUGACAAUAGAGGGCAAGCAUUUGUAUAGAAAUUCUACACCAAUGAAGGUGGCGAACUGAUUUCUUACCGUAUUUCGUCGGGGUUUGAAGCCCUCGACAGCUCAAUUUUUGUUUCCUGAAGCACCUUUGUUGGUCAUUUAAAAAACUCGGUUAUAUCAUAGAGGUUGUGCGUUCAAGAACCAAUAGGCAUCAAGCAACUCACUCCAUGGGUUCGACUGCAAGGACAGUGCUGGUUCUUCUGUGUUUUGGUCAAAUAUUUGUUUGAUUCUUAUUUUGUCAUAUUACAUUAUUGAUAAUUUGGUUUCAGCUUGGGUUUCUUCAAA